AUGGCUGCCGAAAAAGCAAAACUCGAGGUCCCUGCGACCACAGACCGUCCCGAAUCUACAACUUCGACACUACGAGGAGAGGAUGUUCAAGAGAAGAAGGAGGAGAGACAAACUGACGAGGAUGUCGAGACUGGUACAGUCAAGGGCAACAAUGACAGUGACAAUUCCGAAGAUGAUGACUACCCAACCGGUAUCAACAUGUUCUUCAUCGUCCUCGCCCUGGUCAUGGCUGUCUUCCUCUUCUCCCUUGACUUGACUAUCGUGGCUACAGCCAUUCCCAAGAUCACUGACGAGUUCAAGGGACUUGACAAGGUUGGUUGGUACGGUGCAGCCUUCUUCAUGACCGUCGGUGCCUUCCAGUCAACUUGGGGUAAAAUCUACAAGUACUUCCCUCUCAAGACAUCCUUCCUCGUUGCCAUUUUCAUCUUUGAGCUUGGCUCUGUCAUUUGUGGCGCUGCUCCCAACGCUGAGGCUCUCAUCACUGGCCGUGCCAUCGCUGGUGUUGGCGGAGCAGGUCUUGGUGCUGGAGCCUACACCAUCAUCGGUUUCUCUGCUCCUCCCAAGAAGCGACCUGCCUUUACUGGUAUCAUUGGCGCUGCCUACGGUAUCGCGUCAGUCAUCGGUCCUCUCCUGGGUGGUGCUUUCACCGAUCAUGUCUCUUGGCGAUGGUGUUUCUACAUCAACCUCCCCAUCGGAGGUAUCUCUGCUGCCAUCAUCUUUCUCUUCUUCAAGACUCCUCGUGCUGCCGUUCCUGUCCAGGCCCCACUUCUUGAGAAGUUCCUCCAGAUGGAUCCCCUUGGUAUCGUCUUGGUGAUGGGCCUCACCAUCUCCUACAUUCUGGCUGUUCAGUAUGGUGGUCAGGCUCAUGCUUGGGACUCUUCUGUUGUCAUCGGUCUUCUUGUCGGUUGGGUCGCCAUCUCUGUCGUCUGGGCCAUCUCCUGUUACGUUCAGGGUGAGCGAUCCAUGAUUCCUGUCCGAAUCCUCAAGAACCGCACUGUUUGGGUCAUGAGCGCUUUCGCCUUCAUCUUCGCUGGCUCCUUCUUCCUUGCCAUCUACUACAUUCCCAUCUACUUCCAGUCUGUUCACAAUGCUUCUCCCACAAGCAGUGGUGUUCGCAACCUCCCCCUGAUUCUUGCUGUCACCUUCUCCACUAUUGCCAGUGGAGGCCUUGUCACUGCUACUGGACGGUAUCAGCCUCUGCUUAUUGGUGGUGCGGCUAUUGCUACCAUCGGUGCUGGUCUCCUGUACCUCCUUGACAUUGACACAUCAACUGGAAAAUGGAUUGGUUAUCAAAUUGUUGCUGGUGUCGGCUGGGGUCUGGCCUUCCAGAUUCCUAUGAUUGCUGUCCAGGGCACAGUCGACCCUAAGGAUCUUGCUUCUGCCACUGGUAUUCUUCUUUUCUUCCAAGGUCUUGGUGGUGCCUAUGUCGUCUCUGGUGGUCAGGCUGCUUUUGUCAACCAAAUGCUCCUCGAUAUUACAAAGAACGCUCCUCACAUCGACAAGGGCCAGUUGAUCCUUACUGGCGCUACCGCUCUCCGUGAGACUUUCGAUAAAGAGACACUCCCUAUCGUCAUCGAGGGUUAUAUGCACGGCUUGAACACUGUCUUCGCCAUGGCCAUCGCUUUUGUUGGUUUCUCCUUCUUGAUCACCUUGCUCACCCCCUGGAAGAAGCUCAACCUUGCCAAUAUCACUGGUGGUGCUGCUUAA